GAUAGGGUCAUAGGGGCAGGAACCCGUGGCAACGCUACCCCGCCAGGCGCCAGGCUCUUCGAUCGCUUCGGGAGAAUCGGGACGCGCACCUCCCCUCCUCUGGCCCGAAGGAGAGAAACCCUAAUCCGCAUGACGAUCCCACAGCUGAUCGUUGUCGACCAGGACAAUUGGGGCUCCUUCCCGAUUCCGCGUGAAAUCCCGGUGCACUUUUUGGCUCCCUUCGCCGGCGGGAGAGCGAUCCUUGUGUCUAUCGAUGGGCAAGAGAACUACCUCAAGAGCGAACCUUAUCCGCGCAUGUGCGGAAUCAAGGACAGCAGGGUCAUGGCGCGCUCUCCCUUGGGCCUAGGGCCACUGAUCUUCGUCGAUGUCGAUGGCGAGGGGAACUACGUAGCCGCGGAGUAUCCUGUCGCAGGCGGGCCGUUCCCAAGCAUCGAGCAGCUUAUCGGUGCAGCUUGCGUCGCCUUGCGCCGCCCCUCCCCCUUCGGCGAUCCGCCGCCGAUGACAAGCAUGUGGCUGGCCCUCCAUCUGUUCAUACUCUGCAAAACCCAGAUGCCUCGUCCAUGUACCAUACUAAAACAUUGGAGGCUACAAAUGGAGUGGGGUAUAAAAUUCUAUAUCAGGAUUGAUAUUGGGGGAUCUUAUCACACAUACCCUCAUGUGGGUGGGCCAUUUCAGAGUAUGCAGGAAGCUGACAUUGCCAUUGAUAGCUAUCUUCAUGACCGCCGGGAUCCAAGAAUGUAAAGUUUCUCAACUUUGUUCGGCAUUUAAAUUGCUUCAUUUCCCUGUUUUGUAAAUAGAGCGAUGUAGCCAAGCACUUUUAUGUAGGCCAUGAAAAAAAUAACCAGUCUACAGCAUGAAUCAUGCAAACUAACUAUUUACGUAGGUACAUUUUUACCAACACUGUAAUUUAUACAUUCGAUUAGCUUUUA